AUGUUCGUCCUGUCCAUCAUCAAGGACACUGUCGCGGUACACCCGUCGCAGUUCAACGUGCCUCCAGAACAGGCGAUCACGAACGAGUUGAACAAAAAGUAUGCGAACCGCAUCCUGCACGAGGUCGGGCUGUGUGUAUGCGUGUUUGACCUCGCGGAGGUGGGCGAAGGGAAGGUGAGAUAUGGGGACGGGUUCUUGUGGUAUAAAGUCAUUUUCCGUAUGACGGUCUUCAGACCGUUUGCCUCCGAGGUGAUUCUCGCGAAGGUGAAGUCUUCAGAUGAAGACGGCAUACGAUUAUCGGUCGGCUUCUUCGACGACAUGUACAUCCCUCUCAUAUACCUGCCAGAACCGUCGGCAUUUGAUCCAAACGAGCGGGCGCAUUUCUGGCUGCCCGGCUCCGAAGCAAAGUCUUCGCACGAGCUGCUCGACUCUGCGACCGCGGACCGGAUGUACGUCGAUGCGGGAGAAGUCGUUCGCGUGCGCGUGGAGUCGGACGAGUUUUACGACGACGAGCCCGGGCCGCCCAAGGCGACGGAGGGCGUGCAGCAGGUGCAGCUCGAGGCGCGGAGACCGCCGUAUUCGAUCACGUGCUCGAUAGCGGAGCAGGGGCUAGGGCCUGUGUCAUGGUGGAAGGACGCCGGCGUCGAAGCCAUGGAGGAAGGCUGA